UAAGUUGUGAUACUUAAAAGUUUAUGGAUGAAUAACAAUCUAGACAUGUGACACAAAAUGAAUAUUAAACCUAUGAUCAUUUAAACAAAAACAAGAUGGUAUUAACAUAACACACCAGCUAAGUAUCAUUUAUUUUCUUUGGGGCCGGUAUGAAUCUUAUCUAAGAACCUUUUUAUUUAUCAAAAUUACAUUGUGAGAUAUUUUAACCAUUUAUAUGUUUGAUGCAAUUUGAUCAUUAAAUUGAUGUUUCUUUUAUGCAUCAUAAUUUGAUAUUUUGUUUACUUGAAUUGAUUUCACAAAAACCUUAUUCCCUAAUUGUGCUAAAUUGCUUGAAGCAUCAACCAACCAUGUCAUGUUCCAAAAGUUUGAAAAUUGGCUUUGUUGGAUUUGGUACAUUUGGUCAAUUUCUGGCAAAUACAAUGAUCAAACAAGGCCAUACUCUAACUGCAACCUCAAGAACAGAUUACUCUCAACUUUGUCUCCAAAUGGGUGUCCAUUUCUUCAGGGAUGUUGCAGCAUUACUUGAGGCUGACAUGGAUGUCAUACUGUUAUGCACAUCUAUUUGGUCGCUGUCCGAGGUUGUCGGGUCAAUGCCACUCGCUUGUCUGAAACGUCCGACGCUUUUUGUUGAUGUUCUUUUGGUUAAAGAGCAUCCAAGGAACCUUCUUUUAAGAGUGCUUCCAAAGGAGUCAGACAUACUCUGCACACACCCGAUGUUCGGACCAGUGAGUGGGAAAAAUGGCUGGCGAAAUCUGACUUUCAUGUAUGACAGAGUUCGAAUAAAGGAUGAAGCUACCUGCUCUAAAUUUCUCCAAAUUUUUGCAACUGAGGGUUGCAAGAUGGUAGAAAUGUCAUGUGAGGCACAUGAUAGAGCAGCUGCAAAGAGCCAAUUUAUCACACACACAAUACGCAGGACAUUGGCAGAAAUGGAUAUUAAAUCUACACCUAUUGACACCAAGGGCUUUCAGGCACUUGUUCAGUUGAAAGAACCUGUCACGUGGUGCAGUUUUGAUCUGUAUAGUGGAUUAUUCGUGUACAACAGAUUUGCCAGACAAGAGCUGGAAAACCUUGAACAGGCCCUACAUAAAGUCAAAGAGAUGCUGGUCCAAAGGAUGGAUGAAGUACAGAACUGAAAGUUGAUGCAUUCUAUGUUUUAUGAUGAAGACAUAUGGACGAACUAUUUAUUUCAAAUUACCUAUUGUAAUCCCUGCCAUAUAAAGUAAAAAAAUAUAUAUAUUUAGUAUUAAACACAGAAGGUUUCACUCAACUGAAUCAAGACUUCAAGCCAAAUCUCAACUACUUCCUCCAUAUCCAAUAAUUAGACCAGUCCUUAAGAUCUGUUGAUGAGAAAAUUGUCAAUUUUUAAAGAUUGUUUUUGCGUGACUUGACAUAGAGAUAGAAAAAUUGAGCUUGAUCCUCCAUUCCUCCUUAAUAGAAUUGGUUACAAUGAUCUACUUAGAACAUAUAACUCUAUCAAAAACCAAAAUGUAGUAAAACGCCGAAUGCAAGGUAUAUUUAAUGCUCCAACAUGCCAUCCUUCAUUCUUUCAACAU